GUGGCCGCUUCCGGAGAACAGCGACCAAUGGCUGAAUUCUUAUUUCUGUAUUUGCUCCGCCGCCAGAUGAGGCGGCCUGAGUAGCCAGCGGCAGAGGGAAGACUGGAGGCAGUGUGAGGAAUGAAAUCCGGUGGAAGAAGCGAGGCGUCGCUGGAGUAAAAGAAGGAGGAGGGGUUGGGAGAGGAAGAGGAGAGUCAAAAAAAUUGGCAUACAGAACUACCGAAAAGUACAUGUGGUUGAAAAACAGAAGGGUAUGUAAAGGUGGGAUGGGAGAUUGCGAGGUCGGCGGGUGGAUGGUGCUGGCUCUUGUCCAUGGAAAUUGCUCUAUUUUACCCAAUUCCAGUUCAUCACCAUGGCUCUGCUGCUGCCCUUACUGCUGUUUCGAUGCCCCGCUGACCAAAGUCCGUCCCGUGAAGAAAGUCGCCCUCGCCGUCGUCACCGGAGACAGAGGGCUCUGCGGCGGGUUCAACAAUCAGAUUCUUAAAAAGGCGGAGAAUCGGAUGAAGGAACUGAAGGCUCUGGGGAUAGAGUUCACCCUGAUCAGCGUGGGGAAAAAGGGGAACACUUACUUCACCCGCCGUCCGUACAUCCUUGUAGAUCGAUUUCUGGAAGGGACGAAUUUGUCGACGGCUAAGGAAGCUCAGGCGAUCGCCGAUGAUGUUUUCUCUCUCUUCGUGAGCGAAGAAGUCGAUAAGGUCGAGCUUCUCUACACCAAAUUCGUGGUGAAAUUGGACCCCGUGAUUCACACUCUGAUCCGCCUGUCCCCCAAGGGAGAGAUCUGCGACAUCAACGGAAUCUGCGUCGAUGCCGCGGAGGAUGAGUUCUUCCGGCUGACAACCAAAGAAGGGAAAUUGACGGCGGAGCAAAUACAGAAAUCAGAAUUCAGCCAUUGGUCGCUGUUCUCCGGAAGCGGCCGCUACAGCGGGGUAUGCUGCCCGCUGAGUAUUGGUAUUGGGGAUUAGAAAAAAUUAUGUUUUUUUAUUUAUUUUAAAUAAAAGUGAUAAUGAGGU